UUACUUCCUUUUUUGCAAUGACUUUAGAAAUCACUCCAAUGUAUUUAAAUUCACUUGCAUCCCGACAUUGGACAAUACAGCCUGACCAUGACUUUCUUACUCUGUGUGUGUGUGGCACUGUACAUUGUGCAAAGUGGAGCUGAAGAGGACAGACUGGGUAUCGUUGGGGGUACUGAAGCGAAGCCCCAUUCCCGCCCUUACAUGGUUUCUCUGCAGGAGGGCAAGCGACAUCUAUGUGGAGGAAUUCUGGUCAGUGAAGAUUUUGUGCUCACCGCUGCCCAUUGUAAUGGUUUCAGGCGAUACAGAAUAGUCCUGGGUGCUCAUUCACUACAUUCACCAGAAUCAACUCAACAGGUACUGGGGGUCAGCCGCUUCUACCCACACCCAAAAUACAACAAGGAAAACAAUGACCUCAUGCUACUCAAGUUGGACAGGAAGGUGAACCUGACGAGCUCCGUCCAGGCGAUCCCUUUGCUGAAGCGGCGCCCGCCGUCGGGCAAGGUCUGCAGCACAGCAGGCUGGGGGGACGUGGGUGACAACAGCACCCUCCCCGACAAACUGCAAGAGGUGAACACCACCGUCCUGGGACAGCCCGACUGCGCUCAGCGGUGGAGAGGCGGAGUUCGGAUUACCCAAAGCAUGGUGUGUGCAACGGGCCAGAGGCAGUUUCAAGGCUUCUGUUCGGGGGACUCCGGGGGCCCGCUGGUGUGCGAUGGAAAGGCAGCCGGCACCGUCUCCUUCUCAGGACAGCGAUGUGGAGAUAACAGAACCCCGGAUGUUUAUAUGCUUAUUCCCCGCUACAUAAAAUGGAUCAAAAGCAUUCUUAAACGUGGAUAACUUCCUUACUUUUCAUAAUUUGUGUUGUUUAAAAAAUGCAGUUUUAUUUUGCUUCUUAAAACCUUGUACUUUGUACUUUGCGCAAUCCCAUGAAACAAUAAUGGUGAUUUGUGUGUGAAGACACAAUUGCUUUUAAUAAAACUGAUCCAACUCACCA